AUGAUUGACAUCCAAAUAAUCAAAGAAGGCAUCGGAGACACUCCUAGAUUGCAUGAGGAAGUUUUCUUCUUUUUUAUUGCUCAUAAUCAUAAAGGAGAAUUACUCACCAACUCACAACACACUGCUACUAAAACCAUCAUUGGAAGAGGAUGGUUGUAACCUGAAGUUGAAGAAGCUCUGAGCAAAAUGAAGUAAGGGGAACGCAGUCUCAUUAAGAUUUAUCAUUCACCUGCUACCAAAGAAUUUUAUGAUCAAUAUGAAAUCGAGAUUAUAAGAAUAGGGAGAAAGAAGAAUAACCCAUGGCAUCUAGAAGGGGAGGAGGUCUAUGAUAAAGCAUUGGAAUUAAAAGGAUUAGGAAAUGCUGAUAUCAAAUAAUAAAAAUAUCUAGAAGCCCAAAAUAAAUAUUUGGAAUCAUUAAAUUUAAUAAAAACAGAGUAUUGUGAUAGAGAAUUAGAAUUAUCAGGAUAAUUAAGAUCUAAUCUGUCUCUUACGCAUUUGAAAAAUAAAUAAUUCGAAUUAUGCAUCAAAUAGGCUACUACAGUUUUAUAAGCACAACCAGAAAAUGUUAAAUUACUCCACAGAAGAGCUGUGGCCUCAAUUUAAAUAGAUGAUUUUGAUAGGGCUAAAUCUGACUUGAAAUUGGCCAAUCAAUUAGAUCCUUAAAAUGAGGAAGUAAUUAAAGAAUUACAGAGUAUUGGUGAGAAGGAGAAGUAGAUUAAAAAGAAAUAGUAGGACAGAGCAAAGAAAAUGCUUUUUGGAGAAUGAAUCAUUAUUAAUAAUAUGUUGAUAUUAAUACUUUUUACAAUAUUGUUAUAA